AUGGCGUCCGAAGACAAUCCAAACCUAGUGGAUGGGCUGAUGGAAAAAACAGAGAAAAGAGCUAUUGACCUGCUGGUCAAUCAUGAUGUCACCCGGAAGGUUGUCAAUGAACCCAACAUGAGCAAGGCGUCAUUCUUGCUUGGUGUUGCUGCCAACCUCGGGCUGGAUGAGGAUGCAGAGAAUGGUGAGGAGCUGCAAGUUGCUCCCUGGCAAGCUUCUUCUGCGGCCAGGCCAGUGGGCCCUCAACCUGGUGGAGGUGAAGACGACACCAAGGAUCAGGACCUGUCAAGUAGGGGGGGAGGAACUCCGCAGCCUGAGAAUCUCGAUCCGAAAAGACCAAAGAGGAAUACUCGCGAGAAUGUUGAGAACCUGGACCCGGCCUUGCUGGCUCCAAAAUCAACCAAGAUUAUGGAGGAAGAUGAAAAGUGGGCUGUGGACAUGCGUGCCAAGGUAGUGGACCUGCUGGUCUCUGAUCCUCGAGAACCAGACAACGAGUUCAAGGGUGACGUGUCUGAACAUCUAAAGAAGGUGGGAGAGGUGCUCAAAACCUUGAAGGGUCGCAGGAGAACUGUCAAGCGGAGGGCUCCUGAGAACCAAGAGCCAGCCUUGGAACAAGCCCAGGAGCUUGAAGAUGUUGUGGACACAUUUUCAGAGCUUUUGAAAAAUCUGUGCAAGCCGAUGGCUACUCCUGCUGAUGAGAUGUGCUGCAAGAUGGAGUCCCUGGCCAGCUUUGGAUGCAAAUUGGGAAAGGAAAUCUUUGUCAGAAUUGCUCGUGUCCGAUGGCAAGACGAUUUGAAGUUCAAGAGAUGGAAUGAUAUGGUUGACAAGUCAUUGGAAUGGGCACAGUCCACCUUGCCGACCAGCGGAAUGACGGGAGUACUCUUCAGUCAGCAAAUGUCAGUUGCAUUGCAGAAACUCGUGAAGAACAUUUCCAUUGAGAAGGUUACCUUUGAGAAGGACAACGAGGAGCUGGAGCCAUUGCGAGGUUUUGUAUCUGUAAUGGCGGGUCGGUUUCCGGACCCCUUGAUCAUGAAGGAGUUCAAGGCAAUCAAUGACGUCUUGAACCCGGAUAGUUCCAGUCCCCAAGAUGUCACAGAUGCCCUCCACUUCUUGAAGACAGAGGCGUCGGCCGAGAGGAACAUACUGGCAAGUUUCAAAUCCAUUCAGCAGGGCAAGAAGAUCAUGGUCAUGACCGAGGACAAAAUUGACAGCAAGGCUCACCUACUCAAAGUGGCCUCAGACCUCAAGGGAAUUAGCUCCCGUUGUGACAGCUAUGCCAUAGCAGCACCUUCUAACAAGCUGGAAGACUCAUUGCGGUACUUCAGCAGUGAGGCUGCGUCAAUCAGAUCUGCAGCUGGCAAGGUGGCAGCAGAUGAUCAGGGUGGCAAGUCAGCCCUUGAGGAAGCACGCGCAUCUCUGACUGGGUUUGCCAACGCUCUGCUGACCUCCCAUUGCCUGUCUGAAGCAGGUCCGUGGCUACAAACCCAAUGCAAGACAUUGAGUGCCUCCAAGGUCAUUUCGAAGGUGCCUGGCUUUGCUGUCCUGAAUAUCAAUGACAUCUACGAGAAAGCUACCGGCACAAGAUUGACACAGAUGGAUGAUCUUGUUGCCUUCUACCAUGCCACUUCCGAUAUAGCGAGUGAAACUGACUCACUGCUGAGAAUUACUGAUACCGAUGAGGAACACACUGCAAAGCUCAGAUCAGCCUCAGUUCAACUAUGCCAAGCAUUCAAGAAAUGGUCUACACAGCUGAUGAAGGUGUCUUGCUCUUGCCCUCCACUCGCCAAUUUUGCAGAGCAGUUGAACUGCGAGCUCAAGACGUUUGUGGCUUCUACAUGCACACUGGUUUGGAAAUCAGCAAUUGCGCUCCCAAAGCAGCUCUUCCGCGAGAUUGUCCUGGACUCAGGGCAUGAUCGAGAUGAUGCCGAGAUGAAGCUGAUCUCGGAUGCAAUCUCUGAUGCCAAACUGUUGGCAACUAGCCCUCAGGAUCCUGAGCACAGAGACCAGUUCCUCAUGGUUACUUCAGUGUUGGAGGACUUUGUCACAGCUGUGACUGCAGCUGUAAAGGCAGGGACUACCAAGGACCUCCAGUACACUUGCAAAUGUCUCAGCAUCUUGUUCAACAGAUUCAAGAAGAGUGGCAUACUGCCUGAGAACAGCGUCCUCUCCAAAGAUACGUUGAGCAAAGCUGUGCUUGACCCAGUGGUGCCUCUUUCCAAGACACUGCAUGAUGUUCUUUGGUCAGAGGAUGACUCGGACAACUAUAUAAAGCUGGCCCCAGAGAUGUUUGAGGGCAUCAUGUCAAAUAUGCAGGGCGCAGUCAAUCAUAUCCUUGAUGAAGCCAGUGCGCUGGAUCCUCUUCCGGAGUAUGUCGAGACCAAUGAAGCAGGCUUCAUGGUGGAGAUGAAGCAAAACAAUCGCCAAAAGCUCUUGACCAAUCUCUCUGACAAGAUGCUAACAGAGCUUGAAGCAGCAAAGACGUUUGCAUCUGAGCUGGACUUGGCAGUGGAGUCUAUCCUUCCUGACUUCCAGGCACUACAUGCAAAGCGCAAGUCUUGGUUGUCUUUGGCCUGCGUGGCUACAUGCGUUCGAAUACUUGAUUGCAAAGCUGCCAGCCAACUGUCUAUGAGCGUGAAGGAUAGUCUUGAAAAGACCAUCCAAUUUGUGGACUACAACCAGCUCGAUGUGCCGGAAUCAGUCAAAACUCGAAUGACUGCAUUGGCCAAGAAGAUUGACACUGCCAAUCAGUCUAGUGCCAAGAAGGCCAAGAAAUCAUGA